AGAAGUAUUUGUGGGCAAAAAGAACCAGCUGUAGUCUUCUCCCCCACCUCCCACCUCCUUUAUGUAACCGGGGACCGUGGCACAGAGUUGAACACGAGGCAUGGGAAGAACCUGAUGUGCUUCAGGAGCAGCUCUAAGGAGACCUGCUGAGAAGCACAGCUGCUGGCAGACUUGGCUUCAGACUGGUUACUAAGAGGUGCAAUUAUCAGCCCCCUAAGUGGGCGCCCUCCCCUCUUUAAAUGCCAUCUUUCAGGAUGAGCAAAAUCUUAACGUUUCCUUUGUAAUAGCCUUAAUUUCAGCUAGGCAGAGCAGGGAAGGAAGCAGUCAUGAAGCAGAAAAUCUCCCUUCUCAAGUGAUCUGCCUACGCUAAGGUAACCUUUCUCCCACUGAAACCAACUAUUUUCACAGCUUGAUCAGUUUAUCAGCUGAACUAAUGCUGGCUCCUCUUGCUGUGAGUAGGAGCAUUACAGCAGGAAGAAUUACUCUUUGCUAAACUCACUAAAUCCUCCUUCAACUAUUUACUUAUUAAAUUACAUUUAAUCCAUUAAUCUCGAAGAGGUCAUGGGGGCAGGAAGAGAGGAUGUUUAAAGACCACUAAACACGAUACACCCAAUUGCACAUAAAACAGUACAGAGCAAGUCAAAACAGUGGCCAGGUGGAUUAAAAAAAACAGGUUUCUGCCAUCAAAAUUAGUGAAUUUGACUUCUGAAUGCAGAUUGCUACCACGACCUCUUCAAAACCUGCAGUGCGUGAAGUCUCAAGGACAAAAAAAGCUCCAGAAGUGUUUCCAUGCCUAACUUCACACACACAUAUAUAUACAUAGGAAUAGGAUUGUCCAUAGACAUACAUAUGGAGGGUCCUAUUCAAGCAAGAGAGUCCCCUCCUCAGCACAUUCAGAACUCCAUAAACGUGUCUGUUGGAUCCAUUUAGUACUGCUUUGCAUUUUAUGGAGCACAGAACAUGAAGGCAUUUUCCUUUAAAGACUUUUGGAAGAGCACACAAAACGCCGUGUGUUUGUGCAAGCUUAGGCUCCUGUUUAUGCACUGAAGGUCUGUUUCCUUCAGGUCUGAUACACAGAGGAUAAACCAAAUUCCUCAUCCAUUUCAACUCCUGUAAGGCACUCUCCGGAUAUUCAAACCCACCCAAGAGCUUUUGCUUAUUAAAAAAAAACAAAACAAAACAGAAGCCAUUGAAAGACUGCGUAUUUUCCAUGGGGCCACAGCAGCCAGCUAGAUUUGAACAUCAGGUUUACAGCCUUUUAAAAGGAAGGCUGCAACCCCUAUGGCUCCAAGAGGAAACAGCUGUAGGUAACAGCUACACCCAGCUGUUCCAAUUAUGUGCUUUACUUCUUUACUGCACCACAGCAGCCUUAAGAACAAAAUUGCAGUCUGUAAGAUAGAACGAGGUGGCGUUACCUGCUGUGAAAGGUUUGGUGGCAGGGUGGCUGUAUAUAAAGGGACACAACAAGCGAACUCACAGGACGUUUUCCAGCGGGGAAGAGUUGGAGCGAUUCUGCAGCCUCUCUCAGCAAGCAGAAUGGAGAAGCCCAGGAUGAUCUUGGUCUGUGUCUUCCUGUUGACCACGUCUGUGGCAAUCUGCUUGGCUCAACACUGGUCUUACGGCCUGCAACCGGGAGGAAAAAGGAACGCCGAAAAUCUGGUGGAAUCGUUUCAAGAGAUUGCAAAUGAAAUGGAAAAUCUAGGGGAAGCACAGAAGGCUGAAUGCCCUGGCUCAUACCAGCAUCCCAGGUUGAGCGAUCUGAAGGAAACCAUGGCAAGCCUGAUCGAAGGAGAAGCUAGAAGAAAGAAGAUUUAAAUCCACAAAGCCAACAGCGGACCCAGAAUAGAACUUCAAAGCAAUGUUAGUAACAGUUCCUCCUGCCUCUGCUUUGAUUGCAAUAUGUGAAUAAAUACUGCGAAAUUACAUGGGAAUAGUGGAAGACGCUGUUGUCUAGAUGACUUGCUUGUAGGUAAAAGAGAACACGUUCUAGUCCAGUGGUGGAGAAUCAGCUCUAUGGGGUUGGCUUUGCAUUCUAUAAUGAAAACUUGGCAGUGACAGCUUUUGUUUCACACCUAUGCACAAUGCCUGGGUGUGGGCACUGUCUGAUCACAGUCAUUGGAUACAACUGUAAUACAACUUCAUUAAAAAUUAUGAAAAAUUUUA